AUGACUCGACUCAGUAACAUCGCCGUUGUUGUUCCUCUUCCCUCCGUCGACAUAGACCCCCUCAAGGCCUUUGAUGAAAACUUCUUUGACCGUGCUGUUGACAACAUCCUGUCCGAGGAAGCGAGCAUUGAAGAAUCCCGGGACGACAUGAUGGACAACAAUGUUGGCACCUCAAGUCCCUUUGGGUAUGAUGGCACAUCUGACUCCUCGAAGCUCGGCGUUCGUCGUAGUGGAAGGACCGAAGCCAAGUCGCCGCAUUUUUCCACACCCUCGAUCUCCUCACCUACAACCACCACGGGAAAGAAACCGAAGUCAAGAACAUCUUCCAGAAUACGCAAGCCUUUGGCAAUGGAGGAUGUCAGGGGUAAUGAUGAGGCUCCUAUGGGCAUCCAAAACACCAUGCAACCUCAGCAUGGGGACGAAGUCAUGGAAGUUGAACCUUAUCCCAUCCACGAAGCUGGUGAUCACCCUUCUGCACUUCCAGAAGCCACCGGAUCCACCAACAUAUCGACCGCUGAGAAUGAAAUGACGGCGGAAGAGAAGAUCUUUGUUUCCGUGGACCCUGAAAAGCAAAUGGAGGUGCUGAAGUUCGUUGUAUCACACCCUUUCAUGAUGGAACAAGUUCAACCUGUUCGACGUUCGGCCAGAAGAGAAUUCACUGGCCAAGUGCGCGGGGUCGCUGCAGAGGCUGGACUGAACGACACAGCUAUCGAUGCUUUGAUUGACCAUAUUCGAAAGACCUACCUUGAGGACCGUGGAAUUGUGGAAACAGAAGAUGCCGGCUCUGCGUUUGGGGAUGAAGUUGAUGGCGAUGCAGAAGCCCGCAAGAACCUGCAUCGAAAGCGGCGUAAGAGCAGCUCGGCUAACGCCGAGGACAAAGAGCACAAGAAAAGCAAGAGACGUCACUCGGAUAAGGCAAGGCGGCACAACCACGAUGCUACGCAGUAUGAUGAGCGAACCAAUGUUAUGGAAGCUCAUGUCCCGGCAAGUGUUCCUACUGGCAGCCAGGACAAUCGCUGCAUUGAGCCGGAUGAACCGAAACUUGAAGACAAUACGCCGGAUCUACCCACGAUGCCCACGAACAUCAUUCGGGGCAGUCCUGGUAGACCCAUCGACCUGACUGACUCUCCUCCCUAUGACGAGUUCAUCCCUGAGGCUGAUGCCGUUCCACCAAACGAAGGCGUUGGUGCUAUCGGGGGGUUCAAGGAUGUCAACGAGAGGAUUAAAGAAGUUCUUUCACGUUCACCCAACGACCGGAGAUAUGCUAUUCCCGAGAGCCCAUCGCCUGAAAAAGCGGUCGAAGAAAAGCCAUCGAAACGUCGUGAGUCAAGCCAAGCGUCGAAAACAGAGCGAAACAAGCGCAAGCGCGAACGGAAGAAGGCGAGCAAAAAACAUCGGAGAUUGGGUGAACAGAAACAGCCUCAAGACGACUCCAUUGAUGGAGCAGAGAAGCAGCCUCAAGCCCACUUCGUCGAUGAAACAGAACAAGAUCAAAUUCCGCCUUCUACUCCGCGACGACCCUCUUUCGAGAGCCCCAAUGGAAGCACACAGAGCUCCGGUGUGACUCCAAGUGAUGAGGUCCAGUCUAAGUAUUUCUUAGGAGCCGGCAACCCUAGAGUUGGCUCAAAAAGCAAGCGGGAAAAGGCUUCCUCGCUGUACGAUUUUUCUAUUCCCCCCAAAACCCGACAGCUGUUGAAAGAUUUGAAUCUGCCCCCAGAUUUCUUGUCAUCGGACUCUCCCUUGAGUGAUGCGCCGAGUGAUUUUGAUUCCGAUUGGAAUGAUCUAGAAGAUCCUCCGUCGCAUAUCCAUAUCAAGUUAUCACCUCCGGAAAGCCCCUGCCUUUGUACAAAUCCCGAUCCUGAAACUCCGGUGAAAUGCACCUCUUUCGUUAACCCAGAACCCCUUAAAACCCCUCAAGCCAAAGCCCUGAAGCAUUCUCCUUAUUUCCCACGUGUGCUUGCUGAUCCUGAAUCUUGCCUCCCAUUUCCCCCUAUCGAUGCGUCUUCUUUCGGACUCAUCCAGGAGCAGCUUGCACAUGACCCCUUUCGUUUACUCAUUGCAACCAUUUUUCUCAAUCGGACCCGCGGUGGCGUUGCCCUGCCAGUCUUGUUCAAGGUUUUUGAACGAUACCCUACAAUUGAGGCGAUGGCAGAAGCAGAUCUAUCGGAAUUUGUAUCGAUGAUAAACUGCUUGGGCUUUCAAAACCAACGUGCAAGGAAAUGUAUCACAUUGGCACAAACAUGGCUAUCAGACCCCCCGCACAAAAGCAAAAGAUAUCGGAAGCUCCACUACCCACGAAAACUGGACGGUCGAAAUGUUGGCCGCAAAGAAUGCAUUGACGAAGAAGAUCUACGAGUCGCAUGGGAGAUUGCGCACCUACCCGGAGUUGGAGCAUAUUCCCUUGAUAGCUGGAGGAUCUUCUGUCGCGAUGAGUUGCGGGGGAAAGCCUCUGACUGGAAAGGGACGGAUGCGACAGAGAUCGGGUUCGUGCCUGAAUGGAAGUGUGUCCUACCACACGACAAGGAGCUACGUGCCUAUCUUACAUGGAUGUGGCUGAAGGAAGGGUGGGUUUGGGAUUACAACACGGGUGAUUUGACACUUGCCAGUGACAAGAUGAUGAGAGCUGCGCAGAACGGAGGGGUCGCUCGUGAAGAAGAAGGGAAUUGGAUACUAGAGACAUCGCUUGUCAAGGCUGUGAAUGGAUUGCAUGAAUCGGAUUGA